GACUCCAUUCUUCCGAUGUCCAUCAGUCACCUCUCCACGGGCCUUCAAACACGGGGAAUCGAUGUGUGUCCGGAAAAAGGGGAAAAAAUACGAUCCACAUCAUACGCCGGUGACUUGGCAACUUCAACGCGGGGGAAAGGGAAGUCCAGAGAUACAAAAAGAGGAGACGAGAGGCGCCGUGCUACAGUGACCUUUACUGUAGCUGCUGUGGUGCUGGGAGGACGCUUGGCUUUCCUCCGUGGCGUGUGUAAAAAGACCCCAGUGUUUGAGCAUAGGCCAGGACACAUGGCGGCGGCGCUGUGGGUGGCGGCGGUGGCUGUGGCGGCGGCCGUUGGGGGAGGCGGCGUCUGUGUCCAGGCGCAGAGUGACAUGCCGCCCAUGAGCCACAGCCACAGGGUCGUGCUGGACCAGGACGGCGCCUUCGUCAUGCUGUGGUCGCCUCGCGACAAAGCCAUCGUCAUCGAGGUUCAGGUGGCCGCCAAGGGCUACGUGGGUCUGGGCUUCUCCCCGAAUGGCGGCAUGAAAGGCGCGGACAUCGUGCUGGGCUGGGUGACCGCUGCCGGGGAUAUGUUCCUGCAGGACCGGUAUGCUGAGGGCAACAUGGCCCCGAGGGUUGAUGAGUCGCAGGACGUGACGGUGCUGGGCGGCUACCAGAACGACACCCACACGGUGCUCAGGUUCUCGCGGCUCUGGGACACAUGUGACGAGAACGACUUUGUGCUCAGUGAAGACACGGUGCGGGUCAUCUGGGCCUACAGCAACACUGACCCGGCCAGCCAGAAUGACGUCAUGUACCACGCGGCACGAGGGAGCAAGAGUCUCUACCUGAAGUCGCCCCAGUUUGUGAUGCCGCAAAUGGGCCCUGAUGUCAAGACCUGGGACUUCCUCUCACCAAACGUGAGCUUGCCCGGCGACCUGGACACUCUGUACUGGUGCAAGAUCUUCAAGAUACCGCCCAUGCCUGUCAAGAGCCAAAUGAUCGGGUACGUUCCAGUGAUUCAGAAAGGGAACAACGAACACGUGCACCACGUGCUCUUCUACGAGUGUUCUCUGCCAGACAGCGACACACAUUUCGAGAAGUGGGCGAGCUGGGAGGGGACACAGUGCUACAGUGCCAACAUGCCCCUCUCCUGGAAGCACUGCAGAUCACCCAUCAUCGUGUGGGCCAUAGGAGGCGACGGGGAGAUGUUCCCAGAUCACGCAGGUUUCCCCAUCGGCGAGGAACACGGGGGAGCCACGUACUUCAUGAUGGAGAUGCACUACGACAACCCAAACCUUCGGCAGGGAGUGGUGGAUUCCUCCGGCGUUAGAAUAUACUACACGGAGAACCUUCGGGAGUACGACGCGGGGAAUUUGAUUAUCGGCCACAAGGUUGGUCCCGUCCACGUCAUUCCGCCGGGCCAACCGACGUUCGUGUCAACCGGGUUCUGCGACACCACCUGCACCCAGCAAGGGUUGCCCAAGGGCGGCGUGCGGCUGUUCCAGGGGCUGCUCCACGCACACCUGCUGGGAGUGUCACUCGUCCUCAGGCAAAUCCGUGACGGCCAGGAGCUGCCGACGGUCAUGAAAGACAUGAGCUACGACUUCAACUACCAGAGCGCGAGAGUUCUGAAGCAGGAGGUGACGGUGCUGCCCGGGGACACCCUUAUCAUGGAGUGCUACUACGACUCCUCCGCCAAAAGAAAGCCGACCUUCGGUGGACUGGGCACCAAGGAGGAGAUGUGCCUGGCCUUCAUGAGCUACUACCCGCGCGUCAACGUCAGCAUAUGCGGCUCGCAACCCCAGCUGAAAGAUAUGGUCGGGGCCUUGGGCGUGGAGGACAACUACGACGGUCAAUUGAAUAAUCUCUUUGCAGCGGAGGAGAUAGACGUGGAGAAGGAGACGCAGAUGGCUAAUGAGGUGGCGAGCGGAACCUUCACGCAGGAUCUGAAGCCUAUCGAGAUGUCCCACAUGUUUAAGACAAUGAAGGUCACGGCGACGAAAAAGUUCGCCAACAUGACCGUUUUCGAUGUCCUGCACGAUGAGGCAACUUGGAAGGAUCCUGCCGUGAUGGACGCCUUUCAGAAGAUGGUGACGAGCGGGGUGCAUCAAAGCGCCUGCUCGAUGCGCGGAGGGGUCGAGUUGAAAGCGACCGGUGACCGACACAUGGCGGCGGCGCUGUGGGUGGCGGCGGUGGCUGUGGCGGCGGCCGUGGGGGGAGGCGGCGUCUGUGUCCAGGCGCAGAGUGACCUGCCGCCCAUGAGCCACAGCCACAGGGUCGUGCUGGACCAGGACGGCGCCUUCGUCAUGUUGUGGUCGCCCCGCGACAACGCCAUCGUCAUCGAGGUUCAGGUGGCCGCCAAGGGCUACGUGGGUCUGGGCUUCUCCCCGAAUGGCGGCAUGAAAGGCGCGGACAUCGUGCUGGGCUGGGUGACCGCUGCCGGGGAUAUGUUCCUGCAGGACCGGUAUGCUGAGGGCAACAUGGCCCCGAGGGUUGAUGAGUCGCAGGACGUGACGGUGCUGGGCGGCUACCAGAACGACACCCACACGGUGCUCAGGUUCUCGCGGCUCUGGGACACCUGUGACGAGAACGACUUUGUGCUCAGUGAAGACACGGUGCGGGUCAUCUGGGCCUACAGCAACACUGACCCGGCCAGCCAGAAUGACGUCAUGUACCACGCGGCACGAGGGACCAAGAGUCUCUACCUGAGGUCGCCCCAGUUUGUGAUGCCGCAAAUGGGCCCUGAUGUCAAGACCUGGGACUUCCUCUCACCAAACGUGAGCUUGCCCGGCGACCUGGACACUCUGUACUGGUGCAAGAUCUUCAAGAUACCGCCCAUGCCUGUCAAGAGCCACAUGAUCGGGUACGUUCCAGUGAUUCAGGAAGGGAACAACGAACACGUGCACCACUUGCUCCUCUACCAGUGUUCUCUGCCAGACAGCGACACACAUUUCGAGAAGUGGACGAGCUGGGAGGGGACGCAGUGCUACAGUGCCAACAUGCCCCUCUCCUGGAAGCAGUGCAAAUCACCCAUCGUCGUGUGGGCCAUAGGAGGCGACGGGGAGAUGUUCCCAGAUCACGCAGGUUUCCCCAUCGGCGAGGAACACGGGGUAGCCACGUACUUCAUGAUGGAGAUGCACUACGACAACCCAAACCUUCGGCAGGGGGUGGUGGAUUCCUCCGGCGUUAGAAUAUACUACACGGAGAACCUUCGGGAGUACGACGCGGGGAAUUUGAUUAUCGGCCACAGGGUUAGUCCCUUCCUCAUCAUUCCGCCGGGCCAACCGACGUUCAUGUCAGCCGGGUUCUGCGACAGCACCUGCACCCAGCAAGCGUUCCCCAAGGGCGGCGUGCGGCUGUUCCAGGGGCUGCUCCACACACACCUGCUGGGAGUGUCACUCGUCCUCAGGCAAAUCCGUGACGGCCAGGAGCUGCCGACGGUCAUGAAAGACAUGAACUACGACUUCAACUACCAGAGCGCGAGAGUUCUGAAGCAGGAGGUGACGGUGCUGCCCGGGGACACCCUCAUCAUGGAGUGCUACUACGACUCCUCCGCCAAAAGAAAGCCGACCUUCGGUGGACUGGGCACCAAGGAGGAGAUGUGCCUGGCCUUCAUGAGCUACUACCCGCGCGUCAACGUCAGCAUAUGCGGUACGCGACCCCAGCUGAAAGAUGUGGUCGGUGCCUUGGGCGUGGAGGACAACUACGACGGUCAAUUGAAUAAGCUCUUUACAGUGGAGGAGAUAGACGUGGAGAAGGAGACGCAGAUGGCUAAUGAGGUGGCGAGCGGAACCUCCACGCAGGAUCUGAAGCCUCUUGAGAUGUCCCACAUGUUUAAGACAAUGAAGGUCACGGCGACGAAAAAGUUCACCAACAUGACAGUUUUCGACGUCCUGCACGAUGAGGCAAAUUGGAAGGAUCCUGCCGUGAUGGACGCCUUUCAGAAGAUGGUGACGAGCGGGGUGCAUCGGCACUUCUGCUUGAAGCGCGGAGGGGGAGAGUUGAAAAAUGCCAGCGAGAAAGUGCCGUUCCCGUCCUUCAAUGCCCUCACACCCACCCCCGGGCAGUGUAUGAAGGGAUGAGAGGAGAAAGAGAUCCCAAAGAAGGAAGACGGAGGGGAUGAGAGAGGGAAGAAGGACUGUGAUGUGCGUAUGAAGUCUUACGGAGGAAGAGGAAGGAAGAAGGAAAAAGAAGAAGACGAGGUGGAGGAAGAAGGGAUGAGAUGAAAGAAAAAGUGGAAUCAGGAAUGGACGAAUUGAGAGGGAGGAAAGGUUAAAGGGAAGAGGAGGGAAGAAGGAAAAGGAAGAGGAUGGAGGGAAGGAGAGAGGGAAGAAGGAGCGAAAUGAAAGGAAUGGAAUCAGGAAUGGAUGAUUGAGAGGGAGAGAAGGAAAGAAGGCUAAAGGGAAGGGAAGGGAAGGAAAGGAGAGGACAGAAGAAGGCCUGGAAGAAAAAGAAGGAAUGGAGAAAAAAAAUGGUUAAGAAGGGUUUUGGAUUCCUCUGAACAUCCUCUUCAAGACGUCUUAGACCGAUGACAGUGGGCCGGGAGAAGAGUGAGACUAUACCACUUAACUGAAUGAUUCGCUUUUGUUUCACAGCAUUAAUAAAUAUGUACUUGUUACCCUAUGAUAUAUAUAUAUAUAUAUAUAUAUAUAUAUAUAUAUAUAUAUAUAUAUAUAUAUAUAUAUAUAUAUAUAUAUAUAUAUAUAUAUAUAUAUAUGUAUAAAUCAUGUUGCUAAAUGCCUUUCACUUAUCUCGCCGCUCUAAAAAUAUGCAAGUUAUUCUGUGUUAUACAUAUAUAUCAAGUUAUGUGUAUUCCAAUUUAAUUAUUCAUGAUCUGGAGUUUCUUUUUCAUUCUUCCUUAAUAUGAAGUCCACUGAGAAAGAAAAACAAAUGUGUCAACCAAAUAAAUGAACGCACUGAUAUCCCUACAACCAAACAACCCCUCGCUGCCUAACAACGCAAGUGGUGAUCUUGAGCCACAGUGAUUUUUCCGAGUCCCUGUUCGACACGGUGUUGUUUUAAAAUACCACACUGCGCAGAUAUGAAUGUAAGAGACAAGCAAUAUUGGUUAUGAUAAUGAUUUUUACCCGUUCUUUCGCUUUGUGUUAAUCAAUUAACUUUUUGUCAGAAUCCUCAACUCAUGGCGAGAGUCCGUUGACCUUCCUUCACCCAAGUCACGAUCGAGAGAAGGACAAUGAGGCCAAUGAUAUAAAUAAAUGGUCAUAAAACACUCAGAAACAGGCACGUGGCAUCAUCCUUAACUACCCUAUUAGCGGCUGGCAGUUACAAUUCAUCAAAUACAUUACUCCAUUCUAAUAAAUUAACCGGGGCACUACACAACCUCAAAGAAAGCCUGUCAAAUGCAGGUGUGUGAGUCCCGAAAUGUUUAUGAUAUGACCAUCCGACUCCUCGGCUCACGGCAACGACCAAGGAUUCUAUAGUAUAUCUCUUCUAGACUCCUUGGUAACGACCCACUCAGUACAUCCCCGUCAGCUGAUUCCAAAGCCUAGAGGUCCUAUGGCGCCCGAUCUUGGCUCUAGUCCCACCAAAGGAUCAUAGAAUUCCUUGGUCUCCUCAAAGCCACGUCAGGAAGCGUCUUACGGGCUCAAACAUACAAUAAUAUUCUCACCUGCUGGAGCUGUCGACGCCGCCUCUGCAGUGACUCAGCGCUCGUCUUUAUACUCUCCUUCAGCUUCAUCCCUCUUGGGCGGGACACGGGUUUCAGUGCUACCUCGGCUUAGUCACGUAAUGAAACUCGGUAGCUGACGCUUAUUCGGUAGCUUCAAAUUAAUGACACUAGACCGAGGAGUGAUUCUAGUCCGGUUGUUGACACGAGGACCUGGGCACUCACUCGCUAGAUACAGACAUCCGCUCUUCCCUAUGACCGCCGCAGCACUGCCGUCUGGUGAACCGUCUGGGGUAUUUGCUUCGAACGGGAUAAGAAACACUAAUGAACAGUAAUGGACGGCGCACCUUUUACCUUUUUCCUAUAUUAUUGGAUUGAAUUAAGUCACUGGGUCAAAGAUUUUACUGAUAUACAUGGUACUCGCCUACGAAACUUUCUAUUGAACAAGAUAUUUUAAUUUUCUUCUUUCUUCAGAGUGAACGACUGUAUGCUUGUAGGGCGAAACAAUCUUCUUUCAUGUACGUGAACGAUUGUCAUCCUGUGGCCUUGUUACUGAUAGACGCGGUGGUUAAAUAACUCUGGCUGCGGCGCGUUACCUAAUGAAACACACUCACACACACUUCAGUACUUAGACUAAUGCUUACCUGAAAAAGCAAGAAACAGAACAGUAAACUAGAGUAUUCAAUUUGAGAAUAUGCAAAUCAGGCAAUGUUGGUAUUUAUUUCCCAGGUGUUGCCUGUAGCGCCGUUAGGCUGUCUUGAGGAGCCUCCUGGGCGGCCCCAUCCCGUUAGUAGCGCAGGCAAAUUUUUAUUUAUAGUGGCUGCCGUGAUGUGUGACUCUUGCUUGGCCCAUGCUACCCCCCGGUGCUCCUCUUGAACGAAUUCGCUGAAGUUAGGGUUGAUUGAAGGUCUGGGCAGCAUGUGGGUAAUCCGCCACACGGCAAUGGUUUGAAAAAUCAGCGUUUUUCGGAGAGACUUUACCCUAGGUCCACGGGCUCACCACGCCGCGCCCGCACACUGACCACUUGGCCAGCCCCUCCCUUGUUUGGUGGUUCAGUAGACUUUCCUGCACAUCUUAACACUCCGCACCACCGGCACAAUGGGUUCACCACACACGCCUUGACAACCCUCCUCCUUGCCUGGCGCACAAAAACGUAAAACAGACAGGGACUCGACCAAGGCGUAAGAAAAGGUUGUGCAUAAUACAUGUUUCAUUUAUUAACGUCUUAUUCAAAAUUGGCAACUACAAAUCACAAAAUAUGAACUCAAUGCAAUUGGACUAUGAACACUGAACAUAGAUUAAAUACUCAAGGGGGAUAUAGUUCGGCUCGAGCCUCCCGUCCGGGGUCAGGGGCCACAGUGACCAUACAAAUUCCUAGGGCCAUACGCGCACGCACACACACUAAUGCACGUUAGAGAUUAAGAAAAAUAGAUACUAGCAGUUCUGAGAUGUAUAUCAUAUAUAUAGUAACAAUCAUUAGGGGGAUGAUGAAUCAAGGCUAAAAUCACACAUCACACAUCACUUGGUCCUUUCAUGAAAAACACGACUGUGGCUUUUCUGGGGACCCCGCGCGGGAGGCUGCUCUGAGAAUGGAGGAUUUUUAUACAAUCAACAUCAAGAAACCCACUAACGCACUUCAGACUGUUUUAUUUGCCCAAAUCUACUCUUUUUACAGUGACCACCGCACAACGCUCCACCCCCCCCCCCCUCGCGGCAGUGGAGAGGCUUCUUUGGGCAAAUGCAAAUCUUACACUGAAUAUUUUCAACUUUAAUGGCAAAAAGUGGUUACUUACAUUAAUAAAGGUUAUUCUUUAUCUUACAAACUAAUUUAAUCAGAAGCCCCAAAAAUUAGUCAGCCUAUCACAAUUUGGUUAAAAUGUCUCAAAAUAUCUACAAACCGUUCACAUCAUAUUGUUGCAAACUUCAAUUAAGUUAGAUUAUGAAUGACUUAAUGACCUACUGGUGAUUCAUGGAAAAGACCACAGGAAAGAUAAUACAAAAGAAAAUUCACAUGCCCGCGUUGUUCUGGCUCAGUGUGCGGAAUGUAUGUAUGUAGUGCAUGGGUCAGGCUGCCGCAGCGCUCCCUCUGUGGCUCAGGGUCAGGGUCCGCUGCUGCCGGUCGUGAUGAAGGCUUAACACUGGCUAUAUGAACUGUCUUAGCUAGGAUAUAUCGGUAGGAAAUAGGUAGAUUCAUCUUCUCAUUGCAUACAGUAACUAACCCAGUUAUAAAAUUUAAAUCUGAGAAGCGUAACAAAAUAAAUUACUGCAAUAAGUUAUGGAAACGGAGACGUACCUAGUAAUGAGGGGAAAUUUUGAAGAGAUAAAAAAAGUCGCCUUAUACAGAAAGCAGGAAAAGAAGGUAGAGCUAUGGUAUGAUACGGGUAUGAUACGAGAGGUCCUGGAGAGGCUCAGGACCACAUGGAACUGGCAGUGACUGACCCGGACUGGAUCAGACGGACACUCAAGCUUUAGCAGGACAGUGGGACCUCCAGUAGUCCACCUAAUGGUAAUAAGCAGCACAGUAAAAGGUCUUCAGCAGAGUCCGUGUGCUCCGCCUGGAUCAUCAGGAUAUAACUUUGUGCUUCACUUUCCUCACUUCUGACCUUAAGAGUCUAUUUGUUAAGCUUAGUAUUUUCGUUCUAUUUGGCUCAGGGUGUUUUCAGUGACCUUUCUUGUCGCCUCGCUCUACAAGUAUACACAGAGUAUCGUCGCGCCGCGGGCAAAGGGGCGAGUCUGUGCCGUGGAAACAUCAUAGAAACGUCGGGUACAAGCUCGCCCCUCCCCCCAGGGCAUGACAGUAUUUCCAAAUUACCCAAGUUAUCUCGGGGGAUCAUAUAUGAAAAUCCAAGGACUAGCAACAACAUUUGGCUACAGAGUUGCUAUUCUAACAUUGGAAAACAUGACUCAAUUUAUUAUUACCCACAGUAGCUCAGAGGAUCGUGAAAAUUUAGAGGUGGCAAUAAUAGGUUUGUUAUUACGGUACUAUUUCUAGUCUAGCGGGGAUGCAACAGUCAGUAAUGCCGGACACAUGGCCCCGCCGCCCCCACCCCCCCUCAAGUUAAUGUUUGUCGUUGGCGCUCCUGCAGGGCUCCGUCAAGCUGUUCUCUUCGGGGAUACGCAAAUCAUAGUCUCAUAAGGAGUAAUACAGAGCACCAGGUAUUACUGUAUAAAACACCCAUAAUGUUCGGGUCAUCAUCGACGCUUAAUGAAACAAAAUACUCUCAAAUUCAACAGAUCAGUUAGUUUAGUAGCAAAUAAAUUUAAAACAUAUUCCAACCAUCAAAUACAUUACAUAUUUCCCAAUGCCUACGAAACAAGCAGCCUAUUACAAUAAAUAAAAAUACUGAAACCAACCGCUAACUUUUCUGCUUAUUAAAAAAAUUCUAUACAAAGCUAAACAGUGUGUCUAGCUGACCCGCCCGCCGGUGUGGCCAAGAGGCGCGGGCCGUAAAAAGAAGAGUGUGAAACCUUGGCUAAAAAGACUUACAAAUAUCAAAGAAUUUCCCUUGUAAUACCAUUCUUUGUUUUCCUUUUCUUCUUUAUUUUUUUUUUUGGCUUAAUUUCACGGGAGACUUAAACUAUUCACAAUAAAAUCAGUGAACAAAUAGAGGCAAAAAAUCUUUUCCGAAAAACAUCAACACAUCAAAAUACUCCACCAUUGAGCAGUAGAAAUUUCCAUCACAUGCACAAAUCAAAGUACAGAGCCAUCCAUCUUGGUAGAGGUGGAAAUCCCUAACAAUUAGAACUAUACAGAAUCUUUACCAACUAAAAAAAAAAUAGAAUAAGAAAAAAAAUAAGCGAUCAUACAUCCGAUUUCAGAAACCUCAAAUAAAGUUUAUAUACACUGUGAGAAAUAUGAACAGUACGCAACAUUAAGUCUACCCCCACAGAAAGUCUCUUAUCUUGCACUGCCCUAUAGCCGCCUGCACACCCGACACUACCUCUUAAUGACUGGCGGUCCAGAACGCGUGAUUAAAUAUUGCCGCAGGGACCGGCGACCCCGACUCUCAUCAGAUCUUCCCCAGCACGUGUGGCUGAGGUCAGCAGGAUGGUGGCGCUAUGUUUGUCGUUUGUAUAUACAUUAUUUAUUAUGUAUAAAGACAAUAAACCUUGGAGCUGCAUAUUCUCGUAACACUGUGAAGUACACUGAUGAAGGGCAUCAAUUUUAUUAUAAAAUAUUGCACAAAAAAGAUGCUUCUAGGGAGAUUUGUGUAAAUUCCUCUACUCCAGAGGGUUUCUACUUCAGCUCAAGGCCUUAAAUAAUUAUCAUAAUAGAAUAAUAAUAAGAAUUAUAAUGUUAAUAACAAUAUGAUGAUAUAAUAAUAAUAAUAAUAAUAAUAUAAUAAUCUAAAAAUUCAAAAAGUACUCGUAUUAUAAAUUUUUACACUGUGCUUUAAGACUCACAGAGUCGUACAAUAUAUAAUAGUCAAGAUUUCAAAAAGAGGAGAAAAAUAUUUGCUCUUAGAGAUUUGUAAUUUCUGACUCUACCCUCCCAGCGGCGGUGGCUAAAACAAAGGAUUAGUUCAUAAGGUCUAAUUUAUACAUAGUGUCUAUCUCGCCUUCAUUUUGAAAAUAGAUGAAAAGAAGCCAUCACACAUCAUUCUGAUUUAUCACAUCAAUGUGAAUCGCAUAGAAACACUAAUCCAACAUAUAUGUAUCCUACAACUUUGCACACAUGGACUUUUUUUUUUGUUAUUAACUUUGAUACAUACCUACAUACAUGCAACUUGGGGAAAUCUAUCCUUUUGUCAUUCUUGUAUUAAAUCAUAAAACUCUGUGAACCCAUAAAGUGUACUAUGUAAUCUACAACGUGUGAUGAGAGUUGGCUGCAUUUUGGCAUAGUUCAUCUGGGGCAUCGACCAUGCAUAGUAAACAAAGCUGAAGUCGAUUAAAAUGAUGGCCAAUAGGGAGACUUCGGGGGACUGCUAGAAGUGCUGGCCUGUGCUGAGGACUGUUGCUGGACGCUCCUUCGGGCCCACCAGUCUUAACAUUAAUGAAGAUCAAGGAUAUGUUUUGAUUUCACUAAUUUCUCUCUAAUCCUUCGUCUUUCCUGCGUUCCGAGGAUCACGUCUUCUUCUUCCUUACUUCUCUGUGAUCUUCUGAAGCCUUUUCCUUGAGUAGCCGUUGUUGUUGUUGUCUGUCGCCGCUGUGUUCGUAAUACUUCCCGUCGGUUAAACAAAGAAAUCCUUCCUAACCGUCACAAGCAACUGCAACAGAACUUUCGCUCCACAGUGAUAGGCACAUCUUCAUGGUUCAUGCCUCCACUCCGUCCGUGCGUCUCCCUUGUUAUGGCAUUCUUCCCAAUAUGUUUGUCAACCCCACUCACCACAUGACUAGGUUAGCUCCUGGACCCCAAGUGGCUGGCUAGCAGUGGCACUUCUCAUCAUCAAGCGUGCCACCUUAUUUGCUACGAAUGGCACUUUCCUCCCGUCACUGCAGCGUAGCCGUUUCAUCACUCCAUCUUGGCUUGACGUACUCAGUCUGGCAUUUCCUGAGGCAGCACUUUCUACAUACAGAUAAAUACACUUCUAAUGUUACUUUAUUUCAACUUGCAAAAAAAAAUAA